CUGGCAACAGUGGAUGCCGCCAAAUCGGCCGUCAUCUGUCAAAACUAACCUAACAAAACUUUAUGUAAAAAAAAACAAGCCAAGAUUUAUUUUUCAUUUACCAAUCAGGGGGCCGUUUAGUGAUCCUGCGAAAUGGCUGGCCUGGUCAAUAAGGAGGAGAUGAAGCAAUGUUUGAAAGAUGCAAAUAUCUACGAGGACAAUCUAUCUGACGACUUGAUAUCGCAGUAUUAUAAGGCGAUCAAAAACUCUGAGAGCUCGCUAAUCGGGGAAACUAAAGUGGAGGAGGGCACAAAAAGCCUGAACGAUAGUGCCAAUGAGCUUCUCGAAGCCAUCAACAAUUCCGAGUCGGUCGCCCCGACAAAGAAACGGCGAUUAUUUGAAAAGAAUUUGGACAAUGAUGAGGAAUCGCUGGAUGGCUUGAGCCCCGACAGUUUCGAACAGGCCAAGCCCAAGCCCAUUGAGGACGAGGCGAAUAACAACUAUAAUCAUGCCACAGACGUAAAGGCGAAAAAAGUCCAAAAAUCCAGUCGCGUUAUGGACAUCGACAAGAUCACAUUCAACGAGAUGCCGAAAAGCAGCAACCGAAACACGCUCCGGAUAGUUCCACAUGAGCCGCAAUACAUCAGCGUUCAAAACAGCCGCCAGUUUCUGGACGCUGAUCUACAAACGCGCGUGAAAUUGCUUACGGAGUACCACUCUGCUGUGGCCCAAUUGAGUGAAGACUUUGCGAGAACAUUGCCCAAUAUGGCCCCAAAGCUGAAACCGAUUACAGCAGUGAACCACAAUUUGCUGGUCAAUCCCGUCUUGUCUGCCCUAAAGGAGGACAAAGCCCUCGGCGUGACUGAAACCUAUGUGAGUCGAUCGGGCCGAAUGACUAAGAGAAAGGUGUACAGUGAUGAUUAUGAAGCAACAACCGAAGAGUUUUCAGUGCCGCAUAAAAAGUCGAAGAAUGACGACACUUGGGGGGUGAAGGCGCCUAUCAAGAAGAGCAAUGCGAGAAAAGGGGAAAGCAGUGAGGCGCUGUCCAGUAGCAGUGCAGAAGAUGCAUGCACGACCAAACAGUAUUCGAGGCCGAAACGGGGCGAAUCGCCUGAUAGCAGUCAGGAUGUCGUGGCAGUGGAUGAAGCAGGACGAUCGCUGGGAAAAAGCAAGGACGUUUCGGGAACGCCAAAAUCGCGCAUUUACCAAAAGAGGCAGCUGUCCAACCAGGAAAUCAUCGCCAGGAGUACACUGUUCAAGAACUUGGACACCACCCCAAAGAGGGGCCGAGUGGCCACUAUUUUACAUGCAGCUAGAGAAAAAGAGGAGAAUCGCCGCCGGGAAGAGGACGAAAUGAGCAAAUUCGCCGACUCGUUAGAUGCACAGUCGGUGGAUGGCGACGCGGAUGAAGAUGAAAUCCUCGAUUCGGAACACGUGGAAGAUAGUGAUGUGGAGGUGGUCGAAAAGAGGCGAGUGAUACCCAGGUUACCCAUCCGCCGCAGCCCCAUUUGGGGCAAAAAGGGGGCCAUCGACACAGUUGCAGAAACAGCAAUAAACGUGGCCAGGAAACUCAACUUGCCGCAAAUAACCAGCCCGUUGGCCAAUGGAGCGAACCGAAACUCUCUCCUGCCUAAAAGGGCGUUGAACAAUAACAGCAGCCGAGCAGAGGUGCCCGUAUCGACGACGCCCAAGAGCAAAAGCAAGCAAAACUUGGCAAUCUGCCCCCUUUGCUCGAUGUCUUUUCCACGCAGGGAGAUUGAGGAACACGCCUCCACUUGUGGGGAGGAUAUGUUUCCCCAAAGUUCGCAGCCCCAAAGGAUCACGUGCGAGGUCUGCGACGCUGUCGUUCCAUUCAGCACCAACUAUGAGGUCCACGUGAAGGAGUGCAUAGCGAAACGGAGCUCUCGAACUUAAUUAUUUAUUAUUAAAAUUGUAUUAUUUUUCUUUUUGUUAUUAAAUUUAAAUCAGAACGCG